GUUUCGGGUAGGACGCUACUUUAACCAAGGCUGUCUUUGUUUAGAAAGUUUCGCUGUAAUGUCUUUGUUUUCCAUGCUGUAAUUAUCCAAUGCGAAUGUAAAGAAGCAGAAUGUAAAAGUUCUUUAAAAAUAUCUAAAAGGAACUUAGACAUUUUCUUAUGGUUUCAUUUCGGCUUCAAAUGUUUAAGUUGGUUUUGUAAUAUAAAGAUGAUACUUUAAUGCACCGAUUUCAGAGUCUGAUUGCUACAAGAUAUUACAAAUAUGUGUGCUUUUGAGCUAGUGUUUAUUUUAAGUUCUCUGUGAAUAUAACCUUCUGUCACGCCCACUGAACUUCGUUUCAGCUCGUCUGUGAUCCAGGCCAGGUUUACCUCUCACUAGCCAGCUCCAGUACAGUUAUCUCGAGAUCUAUGCGUGUGCACCCGUCCACAUUUACCUGUCAACUGUACAGAAUUGUAUCUAAUAUUCUGCAUUACUAUUGUCUAUAUAAUUAGACAAUGUUUCAGUUACAACUGCUAUCCUGUGAUUGGGCAGUUAUUUUCUUGUUAUAACACCUGCUUCGUGACUGAUUGGAAUCUGGUAGACUAAAUUUUACAGAUUGUCUGUUUGAGUGUGUGAUACAUGAGCCUGCUAUCACUUUUGGUUGUUGACUAUUGUCUGCAUUUAGUCCUGUUUUUACCUUGUGGAUUUGGAUAUGUGCCUUUUCUGGAUAUUGAACUUCUCUGCCUUUUGACUUUUUGUUAACAUGAAAUCAUGAUUCACAAGGGAUCAACUUCAUUCUGCCCUGAGCCUGAUGAAUUAUUGCUCAACCCAAUUAAGUCCACCCUGACUUCCUACCGUGGUCUGCUGUUGAGUCCCACCUUGGCUGUGCCUGGUCCUAAGAGUAUGAAUGUGCCAGGAUGGACCCAGCAGACCUCAGCCACAUUAAACUUACCUUGGAGAAAAGGAGCCCUGCUUGGAAGACAGGAGCCCAGAUUGGACUCCACUGAGCAGUCCAUGGAAUCUCUGCCACCAGUCUAAUGGAACUCGCCACCUGAGUGGGUUGUUGGUUACUCUCUCAGAUUUUUGUCAUAAAAUUCUGCACUCCAGCAGUCUCCAGUCAUUUGAAUAUGGUGGUAUUGUUUGACACAUUCCUUUACAGCUUAUCUGAGGAUAUAAAUGAACUUGCCACACAGAAGUUGCGAGACUCGUUUGACGAGUUGAUUUAGCAAUCCAGGUAGGCAACCAGAUAACCUGGCCCAAGUGGGAGGGAGACACUUGUCAAUCUGAUUUUACUGGGUCAGCAGGAGAGGGUGUUUUAUAUGGUUGAUUCCCCCCAAGUACCUGUAGCUUUGGGGCAUCCCUGAUUUCUCACACAAUAACACUGUGGCAUGGAGCUGGAGGAAAUUGGAAUGGAGGUGGCUGGUGGCAGGAGGAAAACAUGGUCUGGAUCACCGAUGAGCUGGAAUGGAGUUCAUUGGGGUGAAGGUAUAACAAUUGAUCUAAGAAAAAAUGAAAAUAUCCAUGUCUUAAUUUAAAUAUGUCCUGUUCUCACGCAGCAUGUCAUCUUAUAAGGGAAUGGGAAGGAGGUCCGCAGUGCUGUGUGAUGGAAAGUGAAUCCAAGAUAUUGUCAUUUGUGAUUAAUGGUUUGACCAGAGGAUGUUCACAACAUGCUUAUUCUACUUCAGACAUAUUUAGUCCUUCUUCUGUGUGUUAAUUAUACCCCCUGUUCUGCAUGUGGCCAGGUGGAAUAUAACAUCGGUGAUGAAUGCUGUCCUAUGUGUCUCCCCGGAAGUCGUGUCUACAGACAUUGUACAGCAUUGACCAGCACUUCAUGUGUUCCAUGCACAGAUUCUACAUUCAAUGACCAGCCCAGUGGUCUUGAACAGUGCAGCCCCUGUACAGUCUGUGUUAAAGGCCUUGGUGUGAAGACAGUGACAGCAUGUACACCCUCUUCAGAUACAGUGUGUGGGGUCCUGGAAGGGCACUAUUGUAUUAAUCCUUAUAAGGGAGGAUGCAGGGCAGCCAAUAAACACACAGCCUGCAAACCUGGACAGUUCAUCCAACAGCCUGGAACAGAAUACACUGAUACCGUCUGUGAGGACUGCAGUGAUAAUUCAUACUCUGAUGGCUCCUUUACUGCCUGUAAACCACACACAGACUGUGAGUCCAGAGGACUUGUCACAGUUAAAGCAGGAGACCAAGCAGCUGAUUCUGAAUGUGGAGAGAAAAGUAACAUUGGAUUGUUUGCUGGAAUAGCAGCAGCAGCAGUAGCAGUAGCAAUGGCAGCAUUAGCAGGAGCAAUAUAUAGAUUAUAUAAAAAAAAGUUAUUUCCUGGAUCCACCCAUAGAAGGUGAACGUAUGGUACCAAAUACAACUAAAGUGUAAGAUGACGAUGUGACAUAAACCCACAGAGGAGCCACCGGAUCCUUCUGGAUGUUUCACCUGCCAGGGCCCCAGAAUGCAAUGAAAUUCUUUCCUUGGUCACGCUGGUGUCCCUAACAUCUGUUUUUCCUUUUUUUAAUUUUCUAUCUGCAAGUCUGCGGGUGCUUAUCCACCACACCGUGUACCGUAUUUUUGGUUGGGUGAUUUUCCCUUUAUUGGGAAUGACCCCAGUGUGUUUUUCCCCCAAAACUCACACUCAUGGAAGAACGUCAAGGUCAGAGCCAAUCAAUGGCAGAAAAGGGGCAGAUCUUCUCCUCUGAUUGGUUCUGACCCUGAGAUUCUUCUACACUGAAUUUUUCAGUUUGUCAAGCACAUCUGCACUUUUAAAUUUUGUUUUAAAAUACUGAAGUUUUGCUUUUCUUUUU